GGUCAUUUGUACUGUAUUUAUAGUCGAACAUGAUUCAAUCACUUCGAAUGACGUAUUGUUUGAAGGCUACCUCUCUCGAUUUAAUACCAGGUAUUUGCCUGCCUUAGUCUUUUCUACACGUCUACAAGCCUCCAAUCUUCUCGCUAUUUCUCUUCGAGAUUUCCUGAAUCAUUGAAGGAGCCCUUUUUUUCCAAGAGAGAUUUUACCGUCCAAUCAGAGAUAGCGAUUAUGGAUCUCUCAACUUUUCAAAACCUACACACUUAUCUUGAAGGCAGUCCAAUUUUUAACCACCUAAUUUUAUCGCUAGCAUUGUCUUAUAUUCUUGGCGGCCUGAUGAUGAUUUAUAUCCCUCCACGAUAUUCCUGGAGAACAGGUCCAUUUACACUCUUCUAUAUCUACGGUUGCGCCACUUUAUACUAUGGAAAAUCAAAUGUUGGUUCCUAUUCACAUUUCACAAGUCAUGUGCUCGCAGGCCAAAUACUAGGCACCAUUAACUUUGGAUUAUUUAGAUUAGAGUCGCCACAUUUGUUUGCUGCAACAUCCAAGCAGAGACUUAAAUGGGCUAUGGAUGCAUAUCUUAACCCGAGACAGAUCGGAACGACUUCCCAGCCGAGAAACCUGCCGCUAUUCCCAAUAAAGAAACUCGCUCACCUGACGGAUCCGAAUGUCUUUGUCAUUAGCAGAUUACUCAUGGCAUGGUUUCACUAUCUUCUUUGGAGGAUAGUAAAUCACCUUCAAGAUCAUUAUCAAGCUCAUCUCCAGGUUGGGGAUUAUGGCCCGGAGAAAGAGACAUUCUUCCGGAGAAUAUGCCACGUUACCAUACGAGAGAUAGGUAUAAGAAUAUCAUUACCUGUGUUGUGGAUCUUGCCUGAGAUCCUUAGCGUUUCUGCCUACCAUUAUUUUAUAUCUGCAGUUGCGGUGUUCAUUGGUGGUGCGAAAGCUAUAGCCGGCUGGAACUAUCCUGUCUAUGGAUCAUUGACAGAAGCAUAUGCCAUCCGAAGAUAUUGGGGGUAUGUGAUGUUCCCACAAUACUAUACAACAUACGGUCUAUGCUAAUCUUGUCUUCAUCCCUAGUAUUGUUUGGCAUCAGUUCCUGCGUCGCGAUCUUAUCGCUUGGGCAUCAAUUAUAUCGUCAAAGGUAUUUCGAAUUCGACAGAAUUCUGAAUUCAACGGAUUUACCUUGCUAUAUCUGGUUUUCUUCGUCUCUGCAUGUAUGCAUGCCAUGAUGUAUAUUCCAGCAACAAUGAAAGAUCCAAAUUGUGGAGUAGGUCACAUAUUUCAGUGGUAUUCUCUGUGUGCUUGUGCAAUUAUUGUUGAAGAUUUUGUUCAGAAAUGGGGAAAGAAAGUGCUGAGACGUUACGGAUUGCGGAGAGACUCGAGAUUGCAUUAUUGGGUUGGAUAUCUAUGGGUUUGGAGUUUCUUUUCUUGGAGUUUACCCAAGGUCGUCUUUCCAAAGGACGAUUGCGUGCCUUGAAAAGACUAUCCAUCCUCCUGAGUAACUUCAAAUCUGUUGAGCCAGCGACUUGGUACCUACCUCCUUAGUACUCAACGGCUGUAUAUGUAGAUGUCCAAAUAUCAAUAAUAUUCAAAAAGCUUCUGAGGAUGUAUAAUCUCAAUCUCAUUACCCUUCGUAAAAUCGCAAGGCCCA